AUGGAAAAUAAUUAGUAAGUCUUGGCUGAAGAAGACCAAGUUUAAUAAUAAGCACAAGAUUAGAAUUAUGAUGAGGAGAAUUGUCUCAUCAAUAACGAAGAGCGAGUUAAAUAAGUGGAUAGCAGACGAGUUUCGUCAGCAAAAAGGCCUAAAUACAAUAAUUAUUUUGUUUAGAAAGUAUUAUAAAUGAAGAGACCUGAAGUGUUAUUAAUUGUGGUUGCUUUGAUUUUAACGCUUGCAUGGUUCGAGAUAGUUUGCUUUGUCAAGCACGACCACGAUCAAAUGAAGUUAAAAUUGAUUUAAAAGUAAUAAAAGGAGCUGUCUUCAUCUAGUUUUAUAUAAUUACCUCAUCAGUCUUAAGUAAAAACUGAAGGCGUUUCUGAUGAUAUUGAUUAAUCAGCUGAAUUAAAUAUUUAAAAGAGGGUUUUAAAGGAUAAAAAGCAAGGCAAUAAUGAGAAUCGCCAUAAGGAAAUUAACUGGGAUGAACUUAAAAUAAAAAAAACUCUUUUAGAUUAGAAGGAAUAUAAAUUUAUGAAGUUAUAAAAUGGGAUUAAGGUUCUUUUAAUCAGUGAUUUAGACACUACUUAGAGUUAUGCUGCAUUGGAUGUAAAGAUAGGAUCAUGGGAUGAAAAAAUUCCAGGCUUGGCUCAUUUCUUGGAGCACAUGAAAUUCAUUGCUACUAAUUAAUUCUCUCAUCAAGCCAGCGGCUUCGACAUGUUCCUAGCUAACAACCAAGGAAGUUCUAACGCGUACACAGAUGCUAUUCACACUAACUAUCAUUACUAGAUUAGCUCACUUGCAUUUGAAGAGUCUUUAAAGUAUUUCAGCUACAUGUUCAACAAAUGUGAAUUUAAAGAAGAAUUUGCUUUGAAAGAAAUUAAUGCUGUUAAUAGCGAGUUUAUAAAUACAUUGUCAAACGACAACUGGAGAAUUUAGUAUGUUCUAACUUUCCUUGCUAAAAAGGAUACUCCUUACAAUAAAUUUACAUGCGGUUCAAACGAGUCUCUAAUCAGUGAUAAAUUUGACUUGAUUAAAGAAUUGGAAGCUUUCAACGCCAAGUAUUCUGCUGAUUUGAUGUCUCUCGUUUUAUACAGCAAUCAUUCAAUCGAAGAUCUUAAGAAUUUUGUUUUUAAAAGCGAUUUUGAUAAAAUUCCAGUGGUAAAGAACAAACCUGUCAACUUGCCUAAAGAGCCUUUCGAUGAAAAUGUCUACAAAAAGAUCUAUAAAAUCUAGCUAGAAAAGCAGGAAUAUAAAUGCCUUUAGUUUGCUGUAAUUGUAGAUAAUAAAGACUUCAAUAAUAGACAUGACUUUAAUGAUUAUUUCAAAGGAGUUUUGACAAGCUCUGAGAAAGGAGCUUUCUACCAAUAAAUGAAAGCUAAAAAUUAUAUUUCUACAAUUGAUUUUGGAAGAUUCUAAAGAACUAAUCAUUUUGAAGCUUUUAUGCUUGAAAUUAAUCUCACAGACGACGGUUAUGAAAACUUAGAAGAAGUAAUUAGAUCUUACUUCGUAUUUGUCCAAGAAUUCAAAGAAAACGUGUAAAAAGAAAACUUCGAAGAAAUGAAGCACUUUUAAUAAAUUCUAUUUGAUUAUGAUUCAAAUGAAGACAUGUAUGAAGAAAAGAUUUCUGAUUUCGCUGAUUACAUCAACUAUUCCGAAGAACCACAAUAUUUGUUCCUCCAAACAAGAUACAAAAACUUUAGAAAGAAAGACUUCUAAGCAUACUUAGAAAAAAUUGGAGACAUUAGAAAAAACCUCAUUUUUAUUUCAAGCAAUAACUUUGAAAACGCCAAAAUCAACUCAAAGAUCAUCCCUUCCAUCGACAAUACAUUUACCAAAGGAGACAAAUACUUCAACACAUUCUAUGACGUAGUUGUUGAAUUAAACGAAGAAUAACUUAAUUUCUUGACUACAAAAAAACCCGAAGAGCACAGCUUCCUUUACACCUUAGACCUUCAGCUAGUACCCAAGGGUAAAAUACACUUCUACGAUGCCACCAAAGACAAUUCUUAGUUGAUCGCCUAAAAAGUAGAACUACCUCUCUUAGAGCAUAAAGUUCCUAAUUUUAUCUCUACAUCAAAAGAAGAAUACUCUUAAGAUCCUUUCAUGAGAAAUGAUAGAAAUAGCAUGUUCAAAUUUGGAUUCUCACAAGAAGCGUGGUAAAGAAUAUUAGAAGAGAAAAACCCAGAUAACAAGUUUAUUCCAGUGAUGCUUAUAAAUAAUCAAAACAUCAACAGCUUUAUCAUGUUAAAUUUCGAUAAGGAUGAGCCUUAAACAGUUUGCAAGUUAAAAUUAAUAAAUAAAAGCAGAGGAUUAUUUAAUAGCAUAGAAUAAACUUUCAACUCAGUCUACUUUACUGCACAAAUGAGACACUUAGAGGAUUAAUAUGCUAGUGCUUUUGAAUCGAAUUACGGCAUUAGCUUCUAAGUUACAGAUAAAGAUGUUUAAAUGUCUGUUUAUGGAUGGAACAGCAAAUUUGAGAAGGUUGCUAGCAAUUUUAUGAAAAACGUUUAAGAAUACUAACCUACUUAAGAUGAAUGGAAUGCUGCAACAGACAAUCUAGUACUAAAGAUCCAAAAAGAUGUUUCUGACUAUCAAAUCUUUAAGUAUGCAUUAAAAGAAACAAUGUUCUCUUUGCUUGACAACUAAUUCAUCGGAAGCAAGGAUAGAAUCAAUCUUAUCUAAAACUCUAAAUUGGAAGAUAUCGAAAAGUACAAAUCAAAUCUUUUCACUGCAACUAAUUUAGAUUUCUUAUUCUCUGGUAACGUUUCACCUAAGAAAUCAAUCCAAUACACCAACACCUUCAAGAAUCUAUUCCAAAUCACUCAAGCAGACCCAGAUCAAUUAGUCGAUAGAAGCUUCAACAUUGUAAAUCUCUAGAAUAAAUACUAUGUUUAUCAACAACUCAAUUCAAAGCCUGAUGACACAAACAGUGCUAUUGUUAAUAUUUACUAAAUCGGCUAAAGAAGUAUCAAAAAUUACAUUUAUCUUAACUUGCUUUAAGAUAAGCUAGAUAGAUUCUUUUUCAACUUCCUAAGAACUAAAGAAGGUUUAGGUUAUGUUGCUGGAUCUAAUAUUGCUACAAUUGGCUGCGUUGACCACUUGACAGUUAUUCUCUAAGGUGACUAGAAACAACCUAAUGAAAUAAACAUCUACAUUGAAAAGGGAUUGAAAUAAUUCAAUAAAAUUUUGAACAAAGUAACUGAAGAAGAUUUCUAAGAAUCAAUUACAAGUUUCAAAGCUAACAUUGAAAAUCUACCUGUUUCUCUUGAAGAUAAAAUUACAUACAUGUGGACCCAAAUCGACAGAGAAAAGUAUGAUUUCGAUAUCAGAUACUAUUUCUUAAAUUAAUUAGAAUCAGAAAUUACUCUACAAGGAAUGAAAGACUUCUACCACUACCACAUGAGAGAAUAUGCAAGCAAACUAAGCAUACAAGUAUUCUCACAAGCAAAGCCUUAUGAUCUUAAUGAUCUCAAUGUUAAAAAUUACGCUAAAAAUCUUAAAGAGCCAAUCAUCAUCAAAUCUAAAGAAGAUAUCGUCAACUUAAACCAAGAAAACCCCUACUUUAAGUGCUCCUUUAAAUCUUGA